AUGGAUCUCCCUCCCUCUGAAACUCGUCGGCCACCUAGCUCGCCGUCGUCACCGCCUAUCCUCCCAGACGAAAUCAUGGCGGAAGUCCUGUCCUUACUUCCCGUAAAAUCUCUCGUUCAAAUGAAAUGCGUGAGUAAGUUCUUCAACUCUCUCAUUUCUGAUCCCACCUUUAUCAAAAUGCAUCUCCGUCGAUCAGCUCGAAACCCUCAACUCACACUUGUCUCUGGAAAGUGCGUAGCAGAUUUCUGUUUCGCCACUCUUCCUAUAAAAAAAAUUCUCGACAAUCCUCUUAUCACCGUUCCGGAGAAGCCUUUCUAUCCAUUGUUGGAUACAGUUCAUUAUUGGUUGGUUGGUUCUUGUAAUGGAUUGCUCUGUUUUGCUCAUUAUUCUAGUUUCACUGAUAGUUAUAGAGAUUGUUGGCUCAAUUUCUAUAAUCCAGCUACAAAUACUUUAUCUAACAAAUUAGGCCAUUUUAAAGAUUAUUGCAAGCAUCGUUUUUUCUUCUCUAGAUAUGCAUUUGGUUAUGAUUGUUUAACUGAUAAUUAUAAAGUAGUCGCAUUACGAUUGAUUGCUGAUGACAGUGAAAUUGGUGGUGAAAAUGGAGACAGUGAAACUCAAUUGAGAAAAAGGAUGAGAACAGAGGUGAGAGUUUUUAGUGUCGGUGAAAAUGUUUGGAGAGAUAUUCAAGAUUUUUCGGUUGGCCCUCUCCGGUUAACUCUUCCUAGUGAGAAUCAUGGUGUUUAUUUGAAUGGUAGUCUUAAUUGGUUGGCGCUUCGAAAUUGCUACUCUGCGGAUAUGUUUUAUCAUAGCAAUGAUAUUACUCUUGAUCAAUUUGUGAUCAUUUCAAUUGAACUGGGUGCUGAGAGACACGUGGAGUUAAUGCCUCCGCGGGGUUUGGAGGAAGUGCCGCUGAUUGAGCCGACUAUUUCUGUGUUGCUGGAGUCUCUUUGUUUUUGUCAUGAUUUCAAACAAACUUGUUUGGUUAUAUGGCAGAUGAAGGAGUUUGGGGUUGGAGAGUCUUGGACUCAACUUUAUAGAAUUAAUUAUCAAAAUCUUCAACACAUUGGAUGUUGGUUGCCGUGCUGGUUGUCGUUGCACAUUUCGCAGGAUAAGAAUACUUUGGUAUUGGCAAACAAGCGUGAUCUGCUAGCUAUUAUCUAUGAUUGGGCAAAUAAUAGAGUAGAUAUAGUUACCAAUAAACCGCGGUGGGCCUUUUGCAAGGAUUAUGUUGAAAGUUUGGUUUCAGGUGUUUUGCAUAGUCAAUUCAAUAAGACUGUGGUGACACUCAUUCCUAAGAGUUCUACUGCCAUUAGCAUAAAGGAUUUCAGACCUAUAGCAGGAUGCACUACAUUUUACAAGAUUAUUGCUAGGAUCCUCUCUGAUAGAUUAGGCAAGAGUGCUUCCUACGAAAAUAUUGCUGUUUCGCAGGUAAUUUCGCAUGAAAAAUCCCAACAGAAUCUGCAGGGUGAUACUACUUCAGUUGAAAUGCUUCUAUCUACUGUGAAGCUCUUUUCAUUGUCUACAGGCUUGGUGAUGAAUCCUCAAAAAUGCAAGAUGUUUUGUGGUGGAGUGGAUGAUACAAAUAAAGAAGCUAUCAAAGAGCUGAAUGGGUUUGAAGAAGGGCAAUUUCCUAUUAGAUAUCUUGGUGUUCCUCUGGCUGCUAAAAGACUAAACAUCACUCAUUAUCUCCCUCUCAUUGAGAAGAUUGUUGGAAAUUAUGAAAUAGAGAGAAGACUUAUCAAAGAUUCAGCAGAUUUGGGCCAGAUCACUCGAGAAAUUUGGUAUCACAUUCCGAGUUGGAUUGAGAUCAACCAUGUUCCUCAAGACUGGGUGAUUGAACAAGGUUGGAUUAUUGAGAAUACGAAAAAGAAGGGUUGGAAGGCCAGGAUGUUGAAGCUUGCCUUCACUGAGGCGUUUUAUGGCAUAUGA